AUGGAUGAGAACAAAAACCAUCCCAAAUUUAUCAACAACGCUGUAGUGUCCCCCAAUUCCCGUUCCCGUUCCAGCCCCAAUUCCACUUCCAAUUCCAAAUCCUCCUCUAGAUUGAAAUCCUGUCCGAAAUGGCUCUGGACCUCAAAGGCCCCGGCGCCUCUGCAAAGCAUGAUGGCAGGCUCGAACCUCCGCAUCGCCAUCGUCCACGCCAGGUGGAAUGACAGGAUCGUCUACUCACUGGUCGACGGCGCGAAGAAGGCGUUGAUAGAGGCGGGGGUUGUGGCGGAAAAUAUCGUGACGCAGAGUGUGCCGGGCAGCUGGGAGUUGCCGGUUGCAGUUGAGAGCAUCUAUGCCGCUUCCCUGACCCCUACGCGGUCGUCACCCUCACCAGCCCCCUUCGACGCCAUAAUCGCCAUUGGCGCCCUCAUAAAAGGCGAAACCAUGCACUUCGAGUACAUCGCGGACGCCGUCUCGCAAGGGCUCAUGCGCCUGCAGCUGGAAAAGAGCUUGCCGGUGAUUUUCGGGGUGUUGACGCUGCUGAACCAGGAGCAGGGGUUGGUGAGGGCUGGGUUGACGGGUGGGAAGGGGAGUGCGGCGCAUAAUCAUGGGGAGAAUUGGGGGCUGGCGGCAGUUGAGCUUGGGGCGAAGAGGAGGGCCUGGCGGGAAGGGGUUUUUUUGUAG